GGUUGGCAAAACAGGAAGCUGUCGUCGCCAUUUUUAGACAAGGCAGUCGUAGAUUGGAAUUUCCUGCUGAGGAAAAAAGAAACAAGCAAAACUUUACUUGAAUUUUUGUAGCCGGCUUUGAGAAAGAAAACUGCCAAAUGAUAGGAUGGAUGAAUCAGAAAGGCAGUUUUUCAGACUUGUCCAGCAUCCCGUCAGCUUUGAAAAACAGAUGUUAAACUAUUCGUGAUGGUAACGAUAAUAAAUAGUAGAGGAGUAAAUGGAUUUGUAGAUGUUUGCUUUUCUGUUAAAAAAUAAACAAAAUUUUCACAAAACAGAACAUUCUACCAUGGUAAGAAUGCAUAAAGAUUCUGUAGAAAGGAACCAAAACAUGUAUAGCAUUUUCUGGUGUAAAAGAAAUGAUGGAAUAUUGAGAUAUUCAUAGUAGCUUUUUAAUAGCAGUGUUGUGGCUCUGGUCUUGAGAAAAGAAAAAUGCCAACCAUUCGACGAACAAUUAAAAAUGUUGUUUGGAAUUACUCAGAUGCCCAGAUCAAAGUUCGGGAAGCGACAUCAAAUGACCCAUGGGGACCUUCAAGUACACUGAUGUCUGAGAUAGCCGAUCUAACUUACAAUGUUGUUGCCUUCACAGAAAUUAUGCAAAUGAUCUGGAAGCGGUUAAACGAUCAUGGGAAGAACUGGAGACAUGUUUAUAAAUCUUUAGUGCUAUUGGAUUAUAUUAUUAAAACUGGGAGUGAAAAGGUAGCUCAGCAGUGUAAAGAAAAUGUUUAUGCAAUUCAGACUUUAAAAGACUUUCAAUAUACUGAGGACAACAAAGACCAAGGUAUGAAUGUACGAGAGAAAGCCAAACAAUUAGUAUCACUUUUGAAAGACGAUGAACGACUACGAAAUGAACGUGCAAAAGCAUUGAAAGCUAAAGAAAGAUUUGCACAAAAUGCCAUGGGUAUUGGAAGUAAUAAUAAGAUUCAAUAUGAAACUGGCAGUCCUAAUCUCCCUCAUGAAGGUUUUUCCGAUACACAUGUUGGUGCCACUGGUUACAAUGACAAUUCUCCUACUCAGCGUCGGAGAUUGUCUUCAGAUCUGGAAUCUGCCCGUCCGUCGUCUCUGGGAGAGGAGGAGCUGCAACUUCAGUUAGCAUUAGCUAUGAGUAAAGAAGAACACGAAGAAGAACUUAAAAAACAGAAAAACGAUGACAUCAAACUGGCUAUGGCAAUAGAACAAAGUAAACAAGAUAACAGUGACGAGCCUGGAACUCAAAGUGGGAAUAGAUUGGCUGACAGUUUUGAAACGGGAACAAUGAAUGCUAACCACGGGACCACAACAGACCCUUGGGGAGUUCCCUUGCCACAAACAGCUUCUAUGUCAGAUCCUUGGGGUGGUGCUGGUGCUGGUAGUAGUAUGUCUUCACCCCGGGCAGGUAGAAGAGAGACAACGACCACGACGACAGCCUCUGCAUGGGAAUCUCCUGUGGCCCUGAAUCCCUCAUCUAACUUGCAAGCACGUGCUCAGACACCAAUAACCACCGAUCCUUGGGGCGUACCAAUUAGUAGUCCUGAAAGGUCAACACCACAAUCCAUUUCUACUCCAAGUGAAAAUUUGUCAGGUUCUCAUCAGUCAGAUCCUUGGACUGUUAUCAACACAGGUUCGCAGCCACAACCAGCAACAACACCACAGAGUCCAUGGGAACCUAGCACAGUACCAGCUACUGGUCAGACUCCGGUUCACACAAUGCCAAAUACUUUAAUUGUAACUUCAACAGGUACUUCAGUGACCACAACUAAUGGGAUGGGCACCAGUAGUAUAGAUGACGCCUUCGAUAUGUUGGUUAAUCGGAAAGCAAGUACUUCUCCUGCCCUGAGCAUAGAGGAGACAUCUACUGCCUUAGAUGGAUUUGGUCCUCAGGUGGCAGGAGGAGGGAAACUUAAUAUGGGUAGCGGAACACCAACUUCAGAUCCCUGGCUUAUGUCUGGUGUUGGUAAAGAUUUACCUGAUCAGGAGCAAAAUAAGAAGAAAACACCUAAAGAUUUCCUAGGCGAGAAUGCAGCACUAGUUAAUUUGGACAACCUGGUAUCUAAGACCUCACCUUCGUUACCUAAAGAAAUGAAUGCUGCCCGUGACCCUAAUCAGCUAAAAAAUGACAACAAAUACAGUCAACUGUCCAGGACAUCACCAUCUAUAUUUGAAGGCACCAACCCAUUUACCGGAAGUGGAACGAACCCCUUUGAACAAUCUACAGCCCGAGUGCCCCUGCGUCAAAUGCAGCAGUCUCAACAACAGAGUUUCACCUCGGUGAACAACGCUGAUGUGCUCCCAAGACCCCUCAUUCCAUUUAAUACACCUCUACAGCCUGGUAUACAGCAACCAAAUCAACCCAGCAAUCCGUUUCUUUAACAGCAGUUUGUUUGACUGUCAUGAACGAUGACGAUUUGAGGAAUCCGUUCGAGGGUUUCUUUUGGUUUUUUGGUUGUUUUUUUUUUUAAACCAAACUCCUCCUGUUUCUUUUCCUUUCUAUCUUCUCCUCCCUUUUUUUCUUAUAACGACAAAUGGAACAAGGAGACAAAAUGGACGAGGAAAGAAAAAAAGAAAGAAAGAAAGAAAAAAGGAAAGAAAAAAAAAAGCAAAUAUAUUUAAAAAUAAAAAACAAAUAACCAACUGGAAAAAAAAAAUGGUGAGGAAAGAUAAAAAAGAAAACAGAAGACGAAAAGACAAAGCAACUCUGAAGACUGCUACUUGUAAAAAACUAACCAAUGACGAAAAUAAGAUAUUUAUAUCAUCACAGUCUGUUUUAGUGAUAGUGGUGAUGAUAGUGGUGGUGGUGGUGGUGAUGAUGAUGAUGACGAUGAUGGCGGUGAUGACGAUGGUGACCAGAGAUGGUGGUGGUGCUACAUAAACAAGAAAUAAGGAAUAUAACAAACUUUUACCUUUGUUUGUUCUGAUGAUUACCAUUAUUAUUAUUAUUAUUAUGAUUAUUAUUAUAAUUAAUAUUAUUAUUACAAUUAAUGUCAUUAUUAUAUUCAUUUAUUAUUGUUAUUAUUUUUAAUAAGAAAUUUUGAACAAAUUAGGUGGGGUGGGGGUGGGAUAUUGAUAGUCUUUUACUACUCAUCCCACCUAAAGAAUCAGAAUUGCACAAUAUGAGAGCGAGCGAGCGAGAGAAAGAGAGAGAGAGAGCGGGGUGAAUCUUAGGUGAAAUUUUAAUAAGCACCAACAAAACUCCAAACGCAGCACAUAUAACUUUGUGUGUUUGUGUGUGUGUAUGAAUGCGAAUAUACACGCAUGUAUAUGCGUUUGUGAAUAAACACACAUGUUCUGAUGUGUCUAUAUGUUUGUGAAUGCAUGGAUGUGAAUUUACAGUCAAACUUUUGCAUGUGUGCAUAUGCGGAUGUGAAUAGACUGUCAUCCUCUUGAGUGACUGUUAGUGUAUGCAUGCGCGUGUGUGUCUGUGUGUGUGUGUAUGAGACAGACAGAAAGAAAGAAAGAGAAUGUGAACGCCAGUAUACAUGCAUAAUCUUGUGUAUGUGUGAAUAUACAUACAUACUCUUGCGUUUUUGUGUGAGUCAGUGCUAUUAUACACACACACACACAUACAUACAAACAUUCUUCCUUAUAUAACUAGUGGCUAUUGAAAAGGAAAAAUAAAUAUGCAAAGUUAAUCCUAUUGGCGGGAAGAAACUAUUUCGUUACUUGAAGCCAUCAAUGGAAUUCUUGGAUUCUUUCGUCUUCAACCAACCCAAAUUCUUACAUUUAUUUAACCUUUUGAAUUAUUUCUUUUUCUGUUUUUGCCAUUACUUUUUCUUUAUUUCUUUUUUUUUUAAUGUUUAUUUUGGGUUUUUUUUUUUUUUUAAACCGUAACAGUAGCAAGAAUAAAACUUAAAUAUUGAUAUAUAAAAAUCAAAAUAUGGCUCGGAUUGCAUUUAUGUUUUCAUACACAUUCACAUAUAUAUAUAUAUAUAUAUAUAUAUAUAUAUAUAUAUAUAUAUAUAUAUAUGUAUGUAUAUACACACACACACACACACAUUCAUAUGUAUGUGUCAUAUAUGAUAUACACCCAUCCACACUUACAAUUUUUUAAACUGAAGUGACAAUGGAAGAAUGUCUGCUGUACUUCUGAAGGAAUCAGUACUUACUACAAUUCUAUUUCCUUAUUUCAUAAAUCUUUUAUUAUAGAUUUUACUUUGUGUGUGUGUGUGUGUUUAUAUAUAUAUGAAUAUGUAUUUGUGUAUAUAUAUAUGAAUAUGUAUGUGUGUGUGUGUGUGUGUAAUAUAUGUACAUAUAUGUAUGUCUGUUUAAAUAUACAUAUGAAUGUGUGUGUUUACAUAUACAUGUGUGUGUGGAUAUAUGUGUUUGUGUAUAUAUAUGUGUGUAUAUUUCCAUAGGUAUAUGUGUGUGUGGGGGGAGGAUAUUUGCUUAUUUGUUUUAGUUUUUAAUUUAAUUUAAUUUUAUUUUUUUAAAUAUAGUAUGAGACAUUAAUAAUAAUAAUAAUAAUAUCGUGCUAUGUUGGUAUGAGUUCUGAAAUAUCUUUGAAAAAUUGCUUUUCUGUAAUUUUUGUACUUAAUGCUAUCAUUCACUCCGUAUAAAUGACAUUUUACAGUUUCGGCUUCAUGUAUAUCUUUGCUAGACAAACAGCAGCAGCAGCAACCAACAACAACAACACCACCUUAUUGCCUGCAUGUUCACCUGCUUCUCAACUAAUUAAAAAUUAAAAACCCAGAAACAGAAAAAAAAAAACAAAAAAACAA